CGGCCGUAGCCACUGCCAGCCUGCCAGGGCGAAGGGCACCGCAUAGCUUCAAGAGGACAGGGCUUGAUUUUCCCGCACCCUGAGGGACGUCCGAUUCGGAAAAUUCUGGGAUAAACAAAACGGGUAACCAUGGGCCAGUACUACGGCACGAUGACCACUGUCAACGGUAAUCCUUUGGUGCAAAUUAUGGAACCGGAGAAGAAGGUCUUCCAGCCCAAGUACGAUCGGAUGCUUGGGUUUCCAAACGGCCGAAAGCCCCGGGAGAUGGUGGCCACCGACGCUGAAAUGGAAUCUGCAAAAGUGCCGCCAGAAUAUCGAAACUUUUGUGCACACAAGUUAAUAGAGCUUCGUGCAUGCAUGAAGCACAGGUUUCCCUUUGUGACUACAUGUGGCCACGAGAAACAUGAAUAUGCCAGCUGCAUGUAUGACGACUACAUGAUACGCUACAAGGAGUAUGAACGAGAACGGAGACUCAAGGCCAGAGAGGAGCGUCUUUCCAAGAAAAAGACCGAACUGUUGCUCGAGUGAGUUGGAACAAACGCCCCAAAGCUUGAGGACCUGUACAACUCAUAGUGUUUUGUUGCAUAAUAAAAGGAGAAGAUACACCAAA